UUGUGAUCUGUGGUAAUACUAACCUAAUCCAAAUCUUGCAUUUUAUAUUAAACCGCGAAAUAUACUGUAUAUCGAAACCUACCUAUAUUUCAAAUUACAGUUAUCAGACAUUUCACGGAAAACGAUAAAACUCUGGCAACAGACACGUGUAAGUCAACUUUCAUAGUGCAUUUUGUAUAGUGUUAAUGAAUGUAGAAUAGGAGUUAAAAUAAUAACUGAUAAAAUGCCCAAACAAUUAAAGGGGAAAGUCAAAGAAUCUUCAAAAGAAAAACGCCAAAGGAAAAAGGAGUUUCAAGAAUUGCAAAAACAAAUUUUUACCAUCGUGCUGCCUACUCUAGCAGUUGUCGCCGCAUGUAUCGUCGUUUAUGUUUAUUAUAAAACUAAAGCCUAGAAAUUUAGGUCGAUAUGAGAUUAAGUAAAUAUAAAGUUCUUUCACUAAAAUAAUGUUGGGAUUAAAUUCUUUAUUUUUAUAAAAUACUGCGCAAUAAAAUGUUCCGAUCAAUACAAA